AUGGCUCCUGGUAGCAGUUCUAGAAGAGCUGAUGAUGAGGAUGGGGGUAGAGAAGAAAGGCCAACACUUCAGAGAGCCAGCAGUGUUGAUGAAGUAUCAGGCCAGGCACCAGCUGUUGUCAGUACCUUUCUGAGUGAGUGCUUCCGAGCUGAUGGCUUACCUGUUCCACAAGAACUCAGCGAGAAUCAGAAGAAAAUUAACAAAGACGUGGUACAUGUCAUACGGGAUAUUGGCGAUCGCUUGUCCAAUGAUACAUCCCUCAAUAAUCUGAUAUCUCAGGUGCAAGUUUCAAAGACACUGCCUUUGAUACCUUUCUUCAGGUUGCAGCACAGAUAUUUAGUGAUGGCAAAGUGA